AUGAUAUUGAUGUUAAGCAAUAUCAGCAGUAAACAACCUAAAGUCGGGAAUACCAAUACUCCGGUACGUAACAUAAGAGAAGUUGAGACCAGUACUUUUAAUACAAAUGAGGAAGGAUUAGCAAAUUUUACCAUUAGAAGAAAACAGUCCGAUUAUCUAUCUAGUAAUAGCCCUCUCUCAGACAUGGAGGCCAAACAGGAAACAUUAAUAUCGGCAAUAGGUGAGCGAGUCCUAAAAGUGAUCAAAACCGAACUCCCUAAGAUAAUUACUAGUAUAUUACAGACUGAGCUUGCUCCAAUUAAGAGUGAUUUGCAGGAGUUUCGUGAUUCUCUGAAUUUUCUUAGUGAAAAGUAUGAUGACAUGAAAAAAACAAUCGAAACUAAAGAGAAAAUCUCUCUCAAGACCACUGUCAGUGACCUAUCAGAUCGUCUAAACAACUUGGACCAAUAUCUGCUCGAAAACAAUGUGGAAAUACACGGAGUGCCUGAACAUCAUAAUGAGAACUUGCCUAAUCACCUACAACAAUGUGGUAAGGUAGUGAGUUACCCUUUAAGUGAGGAUGACAUGGUCAAGUGCACACGGGUUGCCAAGUUAAAUAAGGAUAGCAAACUUCCUCGUAGUACAGUCGUUAAGUUUCGCAAUGUAAGGAAGCGUGACGAAUUCUAUUCUGCAGUGCACAGAUUUAACAAGUCUAACCCUAAGGACAGACUUGUUAAAUAUGUUGGGGAUUGCAGGCGAAAAGAAACAGGUCUACGUAUCUGA